AUGAGUGACCCCCCUAGCUAUGAUCAACACCUGUUGGACCGCUUGAAUGCCCUCAAGAAAUCAAGUAUCGCAAUAGACUCAGCCAAACCCAAAUCCAUCUCUCCUACAAUUUCAACCCCAGAAAUCGAUCUCUCUGCGCGCCUAAGGAGUCUUCGAAAUGGAACUCCGUCCACCUUCCCAUCUCCAGCACCGAAGUACCAACAGCCAAAACCCACUGCUGAUUCAGACUCUUUUUCGUCAGCACCAGCUGUGGAUCCAGACCCUUUUCGCGACGCGUUCAACACAGACGACAAGACCCUCGACGAUCUCCUGGCUGAUCUAGGACCAGAAGACCAAUGGACGAUGAAUCCGGAUGAUCCAAAAGAUAUCCAGAAGCUACUCGAUGAGGCCAGGGUUGCCUUACCCCGCGAUGAGGAAGCCAAGCCCGAGUCUAAGAUUUUGGAUUAUAGAGCUGAACCGGAAGGGAAGGCAAGACAGCAGGAUCCUCGGUAUCUGAGUCGUGAUUUGGACAUGUCUGCUUUUGCACUUGAUGAUGGUGAAGGCGAGGAGCAAAGCAAAGGGGAGGGAAAGCUGGACCUCGAGCUGGAAUCACGUGAGGCUCAAGAUAUCGUGGCGAGGAUGCUGGAUGAAGUCAAUCUUGAGAGAGCCAACGAGCCAAAAGGAGAAGAGAGAUCCUUAACUCCUGAACUUUCAGCGGAUGACAAAGGGGAUGAAGAUCGUGGUGGUCUCUCACUGCCCUCAGCGCCAUCCGCCCUCCCCGAACCAGUGGGAACGAGCAAGAAAUCGCUCGAUUUCGAAUCAGAUAUAGCAGCACGGAUGGCGGCUCUCUCUGGCUUAUCUACGAACUCUCCGGGUCUACCAUCAGCGCCUACCUUCAAGCCGAUUGAUAAGCCUAUCAAAGGGGUGAUGAAGAAGUUUCCGGAUGAGGAGAUAGAUAGUUGGUGUAUCAUCUGCCAAGACGAUGCAACGGUGAAGUGUAUGGGUUGUGAUGGAGAUCUUUACUGUGCGAAUUGCUGGAAAGAGGGUCAUAUGGGCCCAGAUGUUGGCUGUGAAGAGAAGAUGCAUAAGUGGGUGAAGUAUCGGAAGCCGAAUUAA